CCAGAGCGCGCCACCCCGCCCCCGAUUUCCUGGCUGCCCGGGCAAUUCGGUCUCCUUCUCCUCCUCUGACCACAUGGGUGGAGUCUCUCACCUGAGGGCAGGGCCAGGGCCUUUGUGACUCCUGUGGGGCCUCACCCUAUAAAUCCCUGUAGGCCAGCCUGCUGCCUGGGAAGAGAAGGGCAAGACCUCUCCCUCUCUGGGAUCCUUCUUCCUGCCGAGCUCAGUCUGCAGAGGACCAAGGCCUGACCCCAGCACGGAGCCUGGAGCCAGAGGGAAUGGCCCCUGGGAGCAGCAGCCCUCCUCUCCAGGGGUUGGUGACAUUCAAGGAUGUGGCUGUGGACUUCACCCAGGAGGAGUGGGGCCUCUUGGACCAUGCUCAGAAGGAGUUGUACAAGGGAGUCAUGCUGGAGAAUGCCCGGAACCUGCUCUCCCUGGGGCUUCCAGUUCCCGGAGAAGAUGUAAUCUUUUACUUUGAGGAAAGGGAAGCAUCAUGGAUGCUGGAGCAAGAAGGCCUGAGGAGCUGCUGUCCAGAAGGAGAGAUCAGACUAGAAAUGAAGGAAACUACUGCAGAGCUAAGCCUUUCUAUGGAAGAAACUCAAGAGGAAAGAAUUAUGAAUCAUGGUCCCUCUGACUUCAGUCGGAGAGAAAUCUGUGCAACAAAUGAGGGAAUCCACGCUGGAAAGAAACCCUAUGAAUGUAAUCAAUGUGGAAAGGCUUUUACAAGGAAGUCUGGUUUUAUUUUGCAUCAGAGAAUCCACACAGAAGAUAAACAGUAUAAAUGUAACCAUUGUGGAAAGAUGUUUACAUGUAAAGGCAGUCUUGUUCAGCAUCAGAGAACUCACACUGGAAAGAAACUUUAUGACUGUAAUCAAUGUGGAAAGGCUUUUAGGGAAAGGAGAGGUCUUACUGUACAUCAGAGAAUACACACUGGAGAGAAACCAUAUGACUGUAAUCAUUGUGGAAAGGCUUUUAAAAAGAGAGAUCGUCUUGUUGUACAUCAGAGAACCCACACUGGAGAGAAACCUUAUGAAUGUAAACAAUGUGGAAAGACUUUUACAUGGAAGGAUAGUCUUGUUCAACAUCAGAGAAUCCACACUGGAGAGAAACCUUAUGAAUGUAAUCAAUGUGGAAAGGCUUUUAAGUGGUCUACGAAUCUUACUGUACAUCAGAGAAUCCACACUGGUGAGACACCUUAUGAAUGCAAUCAAUGUGAAAAGGCUUUUAAAUGGUGUACCAGUCUUACUCUACAUCAGAGAAUCCACAAUGGAGAGAAACCUUAUCACUGUAAUCAAUGUGGAAAGGCUUUUAGGGAAAGUAGAGCUCUUACUCUACAUCAGAGUAUCCACACUGGAGAGAAACCUUAUGACUGUAAUCAAUGUGGAAAAACAUUUAAAAAGAAGGCUCAGCUUAUUGUACAUCAGAGAACCCACAAUGGAGAGAAACCUUAUAAAUGUAAUCAGUGUGGAAAGGCUUUUAAAUGGUGGAACAGUCUUACUCUACAUCAGAGCAUCCACACUGGAGAUAAACUAUAUGAUUGUAAUCAAUGUGGAAAGACUUAUACACAGAAGGCCAGUCUUGUUCAACAUCGGAGAAUCCAUACUGGAGAGAAACCUUAUAAAUGUAAUCAAUGUGGAAAGAGUUUCAGAUGUAGGAAAAGUAUUCCUUUACAUCAGAGAAUCCACACUGGAGAGAAACCUUAUAAAUGUAAUCAAUGUGGAAAGGCUUAUAAAUGGUGGAACAGUCUGACUCUACAUCAGAGAAUACACACUGGAGAGAACCUGUAUAAAUGUAAUCAAUGUGGAAAGACUUAUAGACGGAAGGACAGUCUUGUUCAACAUCAGAGAAUGCACAGUGGAGAGAAGCCUUAUAAAUGUAAUCAGUGUGGAAAGACUUAUACGUGGAAGGAUAGUCUUGUUCAACAUCAGAGAAUCCACACUGGAGAGAAACCUUAUAAAUGUAACCAAUGUGGAAAGACUUUCAGAUGUAGGAAGAGUAUUGGUGAACAUCAGAGGGUCCACACUGGAGAGAAACCGUAUGAAUGUAAUCAAUGUGGAAAGGCUUUUACAUGGAAGGAUGGUCUUAUUCAACAUCAGAGAAUCCAC